UGUGAAUCAGUGAAGUAUUCAGCAAAAAUAUAACAUAACAUGGCUCAGUUGAAUGCUAUUCUCACACACUCAUUCCUAUCUACUGCUCCUUCAACACAUGCAAGAGAUCAGCUGGUUGUGCAUCACAGGUUCUGCAAGGCAAACCCUUCAUCAUUUAAAGAGUUUUACAAGAAGAACAAGAACAAGUUGAUGUCACCAAGAACAUGUUUUGGUGCUGCAAGUAAACAUCAAGUUAUAAAUGCAGUGCUUUAUCAAGAUGUAGAAAAGUCUGAGACCAAGAAGGUUGAUGGACUAAGGGGUAAAUUGAAUAAGGUUGUUCUGGCUUACAGUGGCGGCUUAGACACAUCGGUUGUUGUCCCCUGGCUGAGAGAGAACUAUGGCUGUGAUGUUGUUUGCUUCACUGCUGAUCUAGGACAAGGUGCAAGUGAAUUGGAAGGUUUGGAAGAGAAGGCUAAAGCUAGUGGAGCUUCUCAGUUAGUGGUGAAGGAUUUGAAGGAGGAAUUUGUUAGGGAUUAUGUAUUCCCUUGCCUGCGUGCUGGUGCAGUUUAUGAGAGGAAGUAUUUGCUUGGAACGGCAAUAGCUCGCCCUGUUAUUGCAAAGGCUAUGGUGGAUAUCGCCAAAGAAGUUGGAGCUGACGCUGUCUCCCAUGGUUGUACAGGGAAAGGAAAUGAUCAGGUUCGAUUUGAGCUAUCUUUUUUCGCUCUGAAUCCCAAGUUAAAUGUUGUGGCUCCAUGGAGGGAGUGGGAUAUUUCGGGGAGGGAGGAUGCUAUUGAGUAUGCUAAGAAGCAUAACGUACCUGUUCCUGUUACCAAAAAAUCCAUAUAUAGUAGGGACAGGAAUCUUUGGCACAUAACCCAUGAGGGUGAUGUUCUGGAAGAUCCAGCAAAUGAACCUAAAAAGGAUAUGUACAUGUUGACUGCAGACCCUGAGGAUGCUCCAAAUCAACCAGAAUAUGUGGAGGUUGGGUUUGAGUCAGGCAUUCCGGUGUCCGUGAAUGGGAAGAGACUUUCCCCAGGAAAUUUGGUUGCUGAGCUGAAUGAGAUAGGUGGAAGGCAUGGAAUAGGCCGUGUCGACUUAGUUGAAGACCGCAUUGUAGGCUUGAAGAGCCGAGGAGUUUAUGAAACUCCAGGUGGCACCAUUCUCUUCACUGCAGCAAGAGACUUAGAGACUUUAACACUUGAUCGCGAAACACUUCAACUUAAAGACUCGUUAGCACUGAAAUAUGCAGAGUUAGUGUAUGCUGGUAGGUGGUUUGAUCCACUUCGUGAGUCGAUGGAUGCAUUCAUGGAGAACAUCUCAAAGACUACAACAGGAUCAGUGUAUUUGAAACUGUAUAAAGGUAGUGUUUCUGUGAGGGGCCGGAAGAGUCCUUAUAGUUUGUAUAGGGAAGAUAUUUCUUCAUUUGAGAGUGGUGAGAUAUAUAAUCAUGCAGAUGCUGUUGGGUUUAUAAGGCUCUAUGGUCUUCCAUUGAAGAUCAGAGCCAUGAUGGAACAAGGCAUUUAAAUGUUACUUUGUUUGGAUUAUUAGGUGUGUGUGU